GUUCACACACAGGAACACGUCAAGCAGUUCGAAAAAAACGGAUGCUGCGGGUCCAGGCAACACAAGAUAGCCACGGGCAACGCUCGUCUUUUUAACGGGAAGGCUGAAGGCUAUAAGAAGAAGAAUAUUUCUCGAAAUAUUUACACAUAUGAGAGAAAAAACUGGAUGAGACGCAUUUCUAGUCCAUAUCUCUUUUCUUAAUGUGCGUCUUCAUACACACGAAAUGGACUGGAUAUAGCGCAGUGUUUUGGGCCAUCAUCGGUACAGAUCAAGCCCCGAAUAUUCUUGUCAAGAACGAGCUACUGUUGCUGCAGAAGCGGAAACGGACGGGCGGAUACGGGGUCUUCAAAAUAAAUAAAAGAUGAGCUGAGCUAUGUUGGGGAGACUGGCCCAGCUUUCUGUUCAUCACCGAACACGAUUACGGAACCAGUACAUAGCGAAAUAGCUAUAACAGGUAGGCUAUAGCCUAUCACCCCCAGCCUUGCAACCUCGGCUAACGGUGUUGUAAAAUCCUUGAUGGUAGCCUAUUGAGGGAGACGUUGCUACGGUCUGCGAGCGCUGGAUCACGGCUGACUCUCGGCUGCCUGGGCAGGGCUGGGCCCACCUUAAUCGCAAGCGACCCCGAUUCUGAACAGGAAUUACAAUGAAGAAAUUCGGUAUCUUAUUAAAACAGUCACGCAACCAUUUUAAGUCAAGCGGUGCUACUGAACACUGUUGUUUUAUUUGUUCUUUCCGUGGAUUUACGUCCCUCCGAGGGAAACCAACUCAGGCCCUGCCUCGUCAACCUUGAGACACCGCCCCUUUUCCCACCGUUAGCCAGAGAAGCGCCCCAACCACAUCCCGAACCCGGAACCUGUUUGGCGGGAAAACAACCUGCUCCGGUCCCUGCUCCGGGGCCUCGGCAGCUGACUCCAGAUCAGCGGCUGUGGCGAGUGGCGUUGCGCCCGGGGGACUCUGUCGCGUGUCGCUCACACUGGCUGGGCGUGAGGAAUACGUAGAGAGGCAUGGAGACAGAGAGGCCAUGAGUGAAGUCCAGGACACACGGCUAUGGACUGACCACGGCUCGCUAGCAAAAGCAGCGCCCACGCUAACUCAUCUAUGAUUGGACGGACGAUCCGAUAAUUCGCCACCCCAGCCCUCCUUCCCGGAAAGAGCAGGCCACACCAGGGCCCGCCGGCGUUACCGAAAGCGCUCAAAACCGCAUUUCCCAUGAUCCAUUCAGCUGGCAGUGCUGAAGAUCAGAGGAUACCCGCUUGAGACGUGACCAGUCAAAUUCAAAUUCAAGGUGCUUUAUUGGCAUGACACAAUUUAGCUUUUGUAUUUCCAAAGCAUGGCAAGGAACAUGUGAAGCCGAGACUAAUAACAGAAUAAGUCCGUUAUCAUAAGUCUCUCCAUCUCUCUGUCGGUCUGCUCCGGUCUCUCGACCCCCCCGCAUCCUCUCCCCCUCCCCCCAGAACGUCCUCGGCCGUGUUCUCGUCCCUGCCCUCUGCCACGCCCCGGCGUCCACCAUUCGCCCCUCCCUCACCACGGCCGUCCUGCCCCCCCGGCCCCGCCCCCAGCCGCACCCCCCCGCCGUCGCCAUGGCGACCACGGCGCGGGAGCACCUGCUGGUGGUGCGGAGGCGGAGCCCGCAGAUGCGCUACACGCUGAGCCCGGAGAACCUCCAGAGCCUGGCGGCGCAGAGCGCCGGGCCCUCCGAGACGCAUGGCCUCCCGCGGGCCAACAGCGACACCGACCUGGUCACCUCCGACAGCCGCUCCUCGCUCACCGCCUCCGCCUACGAGUUCACGCUGGGCCGCGCGCCCAACCUCACCAUCUCCUGGGACAUCAAGGAGGAGGUGGACGCCACCGACUGGAUUGGCCUGUACCACAUCGAUGAGACCUGUCCUGCCAAUGUGUGGGACUCGAAGAACCGUGGGGUGAAUGGGACGCAGAGGGGCCAGAUCGUAUGGAGGCUGGAACCCGGGCCCUACUUCAUGGAGCCUGAGACGAAGAUCUGCUUCAAGUACUACCAUGGAGUGAGUGGAGCCCUCAGGGCCACUACACCCUGCAUCACCGUCAGGAACCCGGGAGUCCUGGCUGGAGAUGAAGGCCAGGGACAAGGCCAGUCGGUGAUGGAGCACUGUCGCAAACUCGUCAGCUUUACACUGUCAGAUAUCCGCGCUCUGGGGCUGAAGAAGGGCAUGUUCUUUAACCCCGACCCCUACCUGAAGAUGUCCAUCCAGCCGGGCAAGAAGAGCAGCUUCCCCACCUUCGCCCACCACGGCCAGGAGAGACGUGCCUCCAUCAUUGCCAACACCACCAACCCCGUCUGGCACGGAGAGAAGUACACCUUUGUGGCUCUGGUGACUGACGUCAUGGAGAUUGAGGUGAAGGAUAAGUUUGCCAAGAGCCGGCCAAUCAUCAAGCGCUUCCUGGGUCAGCUGACCAUCCCGGUGCAGAGGCUCUUGGAGAGGCAUGCGGUCGGGGACCAGCCGCUGAGCUACACGCUGUGUCGGCGUCUGCCCACGGAACACGUGAGCGGGCAGCUGCAGUUCCGGGUGGAGAUCACCUCCACUGGACACGAGGAGGCUUCUCCUGACACCAUGGGCUCUCUCCUGGGGGCGGCGGCCAUGAACGGAGACCCUGGGAGCCCGUCUGACGACGAGGACAUGCCCCACCCCCCGCCCGGGGCCCGGGGCCCCUCCCCCACGGGCUCGGCCGAUUCGGUGCCGGGCGAGGGGGCACGGAACGGAGAGGGCGGGGCCGAAGGCGGGGACGAGGAGACGGGAGGGGCUGAGGGGGGCGGUGCCGAGGGAGGGGCCCCGGGCCCCCACACGCUGCGGCAGGUGUCCCUGAACGACUACCUGGACGCUAUCGAGGCCCCGAAGGGCCCCGGGGAGCGGCCCCUGGGCGCGGCCUCGCCCAAGCUGCGCUCCAGCUUCCCCACGGACACGCGGCUCAGCGCCAUGCUGCACAUCGACUCCGACGAGGACGAGGAGGGCCCGGGGCCCCCGCUGCUGAACGGGGCCGGCUCGGCCCCCGCCGAGGGGCCCGUGGACGUCUUCUUCGGCCCGGACGAGCAGCAGGAGGCGGAGCCGCAGAAGGGGGAGGGGCCUGAGACUGAGGGCGGGGCAGCCGAGCCUCCAGCCUCCAGCCCCCGCCAUCUCGCCACGGUCCCCGAGGGGUUGGAGGAGGGCCCGGAGUCGGACCCCGGGCAGGCCAGCGAGGCGCCUCCGGGGCCCCCCAGCGCUGCGUCGGGUACCGAGCGACGCCCGCUGUCCCCCACAAAGGAGGAAGAGGAAGAGGGGGCGGCGGCAUCAACAGAUCCAGGGGGAGGAGCCAUCGCCACGGACACGCCCACCACCGGUGACGUGGCGGAUGAGGGGGGCGGGGCCGAGGCCACAGGGGAAGCGGGAUUGGUCAACGGGGAGGAUGGGGAGGAGGAGGAAGAGGAGGAAGGGGAGGAAGGGGAGGAGAUCUGGCAGAGGAGGCAGAGCCUGCAGGCGUCCGGGGGCGUGUCUCAGGAGGAGGUGGCGGGGGCGAUGGGCGGGUCGGUGGACUCGGGGGGGCAGAGUGCCGCAGAGACGGACGGAGAGUCAGGUGCAGCUGCGCAGGUGAACGGCCACCAGCCCAUGCGCUCCCUCCCCUCUGUGAGACACGACAUGGGCCGCUACCAGAGAGUGGACGAGCCCCUGCCGCCCAACUGGGAGGCGCGGAUCGACAGCCACGGGCGCAUUUUCUACGUGGACCACGUGAACCGGACCACCACCUGGCAGCGGCCCACGGCCCCGCCCGCCCCCCAGCAGCUGCAGCGCUCCAACUCCAUCCAGCAGAUGGAGCAGCUGAACCGCAGGUAUCAGAGUAUCCGUAGGACGAUGACCAGUGAGAGGUCAGAGGAGCAGGUUGAGCUUCCCCCAGAAGACAGCGACCUGAUGCAUCACACCAUCCCUGAGUACCGGAGGGAUGGGGCGGUCAGUACCUCCAGCUCCCGCUCCCGCCUCAGCCUCCUGCUCCAGUCUCCGAGCGCCAAGUUCCUCACCAGCCCCGACUUCUUCACCGUACUGCAUUCCAACCCCAGUGCCUACCGCAUGUUUACAAGCAACACCUGCCUGAAGCACAUGGUCAGCAAGGUCCGGAGAGACACGCACCACUUCGAGCGCUACCAGCACAACCGCGACCUGGUCACCUUCCUCAACAUGUUCUCCAACAAGCAGCUGGAGCUGCCGCGGGGCUGGGAGAUGAAGCACGACCACACCGGCAAGCCGUUCUUCGUCGACCACAACAGUCGCGCCACGUCGUUCAUCGACCCGCGGCUCCCCCUGCAGAGCGCGCGGCCCAGCAGCCUCCUGGCGCAUCGGCAGCACCUGACCCGCCAACGCAGCCACAGCGCCGGGGAGGUGAGCACCCGGCGCCUGGUGGGUGACGACCCUCGGCACUCCGCCCCCCCGGUAAUGCCUCGCCCAUCCAGCACCUUCAGCACCGUCAGCCGCAGCCAAUGCCAGGACCUGGUGCCCGUGGCCUAUAAUGACAAGAUAGUGGCGUUUCUACGGCAACCUAACGUCUUCGAGAUCCUCCAGGAGAGGCAGCCAGAGUUGAUCCGGAACCACUCGCUCAGGGAGAAGGUGCAGUUCAUCCGCAGUGAGGGAGUAUCCGGCCUGGCCCGUCUCUCCAGUGAUGCAGACCUGGUCAUCUUACUCAGCUUGUUUGAAGAGGAAGUGAUGUCAUACGUGCCACCCCACGCCUUGCUGCACCCCAGCUACUGUCAGUCUCCCCGCGGCUCCCCCGUAUCCUCUCCACAGAACUCCCCUGGUACCCAGAGAGCCAACGCUAGAGCUCCUGCCCCUUACAAACGAGACUUUGAAGCCAAACUCCGCAACUUCUACCGCAAGCUGGAGACCAAGGGAUAUGGUCAGGGCCCGGGCAAGCUCAAGCUCAUCAUUCGCAGAGACCACCUCCUGGAGGACGCCUUCAACCAGAUCAUGUGCUACUCCCGCAAGGACCUGCAGCGCAGCAAGCUCUACGUCACCUUCGUGGGCGAGGAGGGGCUGGAUUACAGUGGCCCCUCCCGUGAGUUUUUCUUCCUGGUCUCGCGGGAGCUCUUCAACCCGUACUACGGGCUGUUCGAGUAUUCGGCCAACGACACCUACACCGUGCAGAUCAGCCCCAUGUCCGCCUUCGUGGACAACCAUCACGAGUGGUUUCGGUUCAGUGGCCGUAUCCUGGGCUUGGCUCUGAUUCACCAGUACCUGCUGGAUGCUUUCUUCACCCGCCCGUUUUAUAAGGGCCUUCUGCGCAUACCUUGUGAGCUCAGUGAUCUGGAGUAUCUGGAUGAGGAGUUCCACCAGAGUCUACAGUGGAUGAAGGACAACGACAUCAAUGACAUGCUGGACCUCACAUUCACCGUCAAUGAGGAGGUCUUCGGACAGAUCACAGAGCGGGAGCUGAAACCGGGCGGGGCCAACAUUCCCGUGUCGGAGAAGAACAAGAAGGAGUACAUCGAGCGCAUGGUGAAGUGGCGCAUCGAGAGGGGCGUGGUCCAGCAGACGGAGAGCCUGGUGCGGGGAUUCUACGAGGUGGUGGACGCACGGUUCGUGUCGGUGUUCGAUGCGCGGGAGCUGGAGCUGGUCAUCGCUGGGACAGCGGAGAUCGACCUGGGGGACUGGAGAAACAACACGGAAUACAGAGGAGGUUACCAUGACAACCACAUAGUGAUUCGCUGGUUCUGGGCGGCAGUGGAGAGAUUCAACAAUGAGCAGAGGCUGAGACUCCUGCAGUUUGUGACGGGCACCUCCAGUAUUCCCUACGAGGGCUUCGCCUCCUUGCGGGGCAGUAACGGACCCCGGCGGUUUUGCGUGGAGAAGUGGGGCAAAAUCACCUCCCUGCCCAGGGCCCACACCUGCUUUAACCGCCUGGACCUCCCCCCCUACCCCUCCUUCUCCAUGCUGUAUGAGAAGAUGCUGACCGCCGUGGAGGAGACCAGCACCUUCGGCCUGGAGUGAUGACGUCACACCCCUCCUCAUCUGGCCCAUGACCUCUGUGCCCUCCGCCCCUGGUCUCCAACUGACCACGAGCACCAAAAACACUGACUGCAUGUGCUGGAACACUGACCGCACACACUGAAACACUGACCGACCGCACUUCAUACACAUAAACUGGCUGCACUUGUAAUACACACAGACGCUCUGACGUACUAGCUGCACAGAAAACACACGGCAGCUGAAAUGCGAUGCCUACAGCACACACACAGGGUGUGUUUAUGGCGUGCGCUGAAGAGAAGCACAUGCGGGCGUGUCUCACGACCUCGUACUGCUCAAAGGCGCACACACCGAGAAGGAGGAUGCACCUUCCCGUAGUGCCCGCUCUCCCCCCUGACCGCACCCCCUCAGGUCGUGUGGGGAAGAGGGGGUUGAGACUGGGGAAAAUGGCCUCACGAGACUCCCAUCAAAACCCUCUGCACUUCACUUACCUCCGCCUCCUUUCGUCCUGGAUGUCCAAUGGGAGCCAUGGAUGCAGCACCUUCCUCCAAUCACAAGACGUCAAGCAAAAACAACAAAAAAACAAAAAACGUACAGAAACAAUACAAAAAAACCCAAAUGAAUGAAUACAGACUCAUGUUUUAAUAUUUAAAAUAUGAUGUUCCAAAGGACUAUGAUAGACUCGUUGGAUGUGUAGGUGAGACCUCUUGGGGUUAAAGAUAUGCCUUUGUUGCAGAGAGGGUUACAAUCACCUGUAGGUGGGCUGUGCUGUUCUGGCGCUGGGAUUUGUGCUGACUGGCAGCUUUGAUGGGCACACACAGCUCUCUCACUCACACACACAAUUCAAACCACGCUUUCUUCUGAUGGCCACUAGAGGGCAUCAAGUCCCCUCUUUGGUCUGUUCAGGUACACAUAUACACACCCAGACACACACACAUGCUAACAUAGAAACACGCACACACUCAGAUGUUCAUUGGUUCCUUACUAGAAAAAGAUAGCAGUUCACUAUGCUUAUCCGUUGUUUCUUUUCUGACCGUAAUAAUGCGACAGAAAAAUAUCAUGCUGUUAUUAGCGUCUGUGUUGUCCCGAAAGGUUUAAGCGCCUUUCGGACACUCAAUCUACAAGCACUCAAUGGCAGUUACUCUUGGAUUCAGCGUAUGGCCCACUAUCAAUCAAGCUAAUCUUCUUUUCUACCGUUGAAUGGCAGUACCUUUACAAAUUCAUCGUAGAUUGUUUUGUCAUCUUGUUGUUCAUUUUAAUUGCUUAUUAUCACAGUGCUCAGUGGCUAUUGGAGCGAUGGAUUAUCAAAGUGCUCUGUGUAUUUCUACAGUGAGAAUAAGACUGACUGUUGUAAUCCAUUUGUGGCUACACUGUACUAUCUCUAAUUAUCAGGUCUGACAACCCAAUUAUGACCUCCGAGCACUGUCAUAGCUUUCAGUGUCAGUCGUUAUGGGUGCAUAGCUAUGAGUUAUGGCAUACCUUACUUCCUAUUUUGAACGUCAAUGUAACAUUAAUAGGAAUGGAAGAUCACACACACACACACACAUGCAUGUCCAUUUCUUGCACACACACACACACACACAUGCACACACACACACAAUUGGGCAUAUCACACACACACACUCACCGGUGUAACGGCCAAGCUUUUGAUGAAUGUGAAACAAUCACCCGUGAAUGUUGAA